GCGGGCGAGCGGGUCUGCGCGCCGCAGCCCGGCCGGGAUGCGGCAUGGCCGUGGGCUCCGUGAAGAUGCCGUCGCCGUGUGAGGGCGCGGAGCUGGCCCGGAGCUGGAGCCCCGGCGGCGGAGCCCAGGAGCCGCCGCCGCCGGUGCAGCUGCGGCAGAAGCUGCGGGAGCUGCCGGCGCUGCUGCGGAGCGGGCUGACGCUGCGGAGGAAAAGCGCGGCCGCGGCUGGCCGGACCCUGUCCAGAAGAAUUUCAAAUCCCUAUUUGGAAACUCCUUCAAAUAAGAUUUAUGGAGAAAGUUCUUCCUGUGCUGGGAGAGCUCUCAGGAAUAUUUUUACUCUACAAGCUUCUGACCUGAUUAAAGACAGGGUGUACCUUACUGGCAUUUGCAGGAGAAGUUGUGUUGGAUCAGAACUCGUAGACUGGCUUUUGGAGCAGUGCCCUUUUGUCAAGUGCAGAUCUACAGCAGUUGGAGUGUGGCAGCUCCUCCUGGACAUGGGCAUUAUAUUGUCAGUGGACAGACAACUCUAUUUUCAAGACAGUCAUGUUUUCUACCAGUUCUCAGCAGAUGAAUGUACCUACCUUUUCUGUGAAUUUGAGAAAGAGGAAGCAUGGAAGAAUGGAGUAAAGCUCCUACUUCAACUACUGCCGUUGUCUCCUCCCAGGAUUGACAUGUGCAAUCUGCCUGAUCAAAAAAUAGAAGAUACAGCAGAAACCAAUGCUGAAAUUCUUGCUCGUCUCACUUCUGCGGUACAGAGAGAACUGGCUGCUGUCAUUGCCUUGAAAGCAAGGAAGUCAGCAAUUCAUCAAAAUGAAGAAAACAGCAGUCAAGAAAGAAGAGGACUAGAAGAUCUCAAGGAUACCUCUGAUGCACAGGCAGGAGUUUUAUGCAAGCUUCAGGGAAGAGAUGACAUCGGACGGAUUGAGCUGGUCCAAAAGCUGGCGAGAGAGAACUGCCAGUUUUUGCAGGCGGAUAGAAAAGCACUGGAGAAGGCAGAACAAGUGGACGAUGGAGGCGGCGGCGAGCGGGCGCGGGAGGCGGCCGGCGCGGCGCUGGUGCUGCGGAAGGUGUGGUCACGCAGCCCGGCCCCCGAGCGGCGCGGGAGAUACGUGGUGGUGUCGGGGACGCCGGAGAAGAUUUUGGAGCAUCUCCUCAGCGACCUGCACCUGGAAGCCGCCCAGGACAAAGAGACGGAAACUCUCCUGGAUGAUUUCCUUCUCACAUACACGGUUUUCAUGACGACUGAUGACUUGUGCCAGGCCCUUCUAAGGCACUAUUGUGCUAAGAACCACCAAGGCAAAGAAGACGACUCUGAUGUGUCCUGUAGGAAAAGAAAAGUCUUGCAUUUGGUGUCUCAGUGGACUUCUCUCUACAAAGACUGGUUACAUGAAGAUGAGCAUUUAAAACAAUUUUUAAAGACAAUAUACAGAAAUGUGUUAGAUGAUGUGUAUGAGUAUCCUGUUCUUGAGAAGGACCUGAAAGAAUUUCAGAAGAUACUUGGGAUGCAUCGCCGUCACACUGUAGAUGAGUAUUCACCUCAUCGAAAGAACAAAACCUUUUUCCAGCAGUUCAGUGUAAAGGAGAACUGGCUGCAACACAGAGGAACUGUGAAUGAAACAGAAGAAAUUUUCUGCCGUGUGUAUAUAACAGAGCACUCCUAUGUCAGUGUGAAAGCUCAAGUGUCGACUUCAGCUCAGGAGAUUCUGAAGAUUGUGGCUGAAAAGAUCCAGUACCCAGAGGAGGAGCUGGCACUGGUGACAGUGUCAUUCUCUGGUGAAAAACAUGAGCUACAACCAAAUGAUUUGGCUAUCUCAAAAUCUUUGGAGUCAUCCAGUCGUAUGUUUGUAUACCGAAAAGAUCUGACUGAUUCUUUGAGCCCAUUUUCUGAAAAUGAAGAAUUGCAGCAGAGAUCUGUGAGGAUUCUGGGAAUUAACACCUGGGAUCUUGCCUUAGAGCUAACAAACUUUGACUGGAGCCUUUUCAAUGCAAUUCACGAGCAAGAGCUGAUAUACUUCACGUUCAGCAGACAGGGAAGUGCUGAAAAUACUGAGAAUCUCAGUCUUCUGCUUCAGAGAUGCAAUGAGGUCCAGCUUUGGGUUGCCACCGAGAUACUCCUCUGUAGCCAGCUCUGCAAACGUGUGCAGCUAGUGAAAAAGUUCAUCAAGAUUGCUGCCCACUGUAAAGCCCAAAGAAAUCUGAAUUCAUUCUUUGCAAUUGUUAUGGGUCUCAACACUGCAUCUGUCAGCCGGCUGUCUCAGACCUGGGAGAAAAUUCCUGGGAAGUUCAAGAAACUUUUCACUGAACUUGAAAGUUUGACGGAUCCUUCUCUGAAUCACAAAGCUUACAGAGAUGCAUUCAAGAAAAUGAAAUCUCCAAAAAUCCCCUUCAUGCCCUUACUUCUGAAAGAUGUAACAUUCAUCCAUGAAGGAAAUAAAACGUUUCUGGAUAACCUUGUUAAUUUUGAAAAGCUGCACAUGAUUGCAGAUACUGUUCGGUCAUUGAGACAUUGCAGAAAUAACCAAUUUGGCAAUGAAGUUCCUUCGAAAGAGCAUCACGAGCUGAAGCCAUACGUGCACCACCUGCAUGUCAUCGACAACCAGCAGGCUCUGUUUGAGCUCUCUCACAGGAUAGAGCCGCGAGUGUGAGCGUCCACAGCUUCCUAUCACCUUGUAACUGCAGCACUUUGAAUUAAGUGAAUGUUUAUGCCAAGCAUGUUGCUUCCCUGUAUGAGAACGGUUUACUGAGUUUUAUCAGUAGCUCACACAACAUGCGCAGGAAAAUCAGGCAAGAGCCAGCAAAGGAGCUGCUCGCAGAUCUGCAGGGCAAGCUUGGCACCGUUCCCACUGCUCCUGAGACCUGAGACAGUGGAGCAGUGUCCUUUGAGCUCAGGAGCUUGGUUUCUGUGAAAAUAUUGUUUGGUCCAGUGUAGCUUUCAAUGCAGAUUCUGCCAGUAUUAGAAAGAAAGGAAUCAUCAUGUCACAGCAGCAAAACAUUUCAGCAAGCAACAUGCCGCAAGGGGGUUGAUUCCCAGUUCACCACAGUAUGUACCUCACUAAUUCAAGGCUGCCAAAGUAUUGUUGCCAAAAAUAACGUGCAAUCUGUGCAGCUCCCAUGAGUCCACUGGAGCACAGUAUUUGAAAUGUGUGAGCAACCUAGAAGAGGAAUAUAACAAGGCAGUGCAACCAGAUGAAGCUCAAGAGUGUGUUGUGAUGUGAAGGUCAGCAGUAAACAGUUCACUCUGUUAUGGCUCCUUUAAGAAUAUGCUUUAUAAAACACACUCUAAGAGCCAGUCCACUUCUGCUGCAAUUUAUGGACACAAUUGUUUAUAUACUGAAAACAUGUUGUUUUCUUCCUUUUCAGUUAUCUCAGAUUUAGCACUGGCUCCUGCAGUUAAUGUGUUAUAAAUUAUUAUAGCAGGAACUUUGUUUUCUGCUUGAAUAACUGCCUCUGGUAUCUAUUCAGAGGCAAAUGCCUAGAUCCAUCUACAUUUCUAAUUCCCUUCACUGGAAAUACCAUUUCAAGAAGUAAAACUUCACCUAACUUGCACAUGCUUCUAGUUUUUAAAGAGCAGAAAGGUGCCCCUUACAGGAUUCCAGUGUAAUUAAUUACCUGCAUACACACCAGGCUCUCGGCAUCAGGGUCCCUUUACUGCUUUUGUCCCCUUCACAGCCCUCCCCAUGACGAUUCUCAUGUAGUUAAAAGUACUGCAUCUAGGCCUGUGCUGAGGCAGCAUUUCUAAAGUAAUGUCUACAGCUGACCUGCAUCUUGAGCACCACCAUCAGCUGGUUUCCAGUGCUAAGUUGCCCUGAGAUGAUCUAGUGAAUGCCACAGGUGAUGUGCAGAGGGUGCUCUUGGCAUGUGUUUGUGCACUGACUCACAGUGAUGGUCCUUUCACAGAGCAGGGAGGAUACAUUGCAUUGCUUGGCCAUCUCUGUUGUAUGUUUUCCAUGUGAGGAAGACUUCCAAGAAAAUGCUUCUUUACUAAAAUAUGGGAAUACUGAAGUAGCAUGCUCUUCAUAAUUGUGUUAUCUCUGGUCUAAAGGGAUUAAAAAAAAAAAAACAGCUUUAACAAGUAGUCUGUGGGGGAAUCUGUAGAAUGCAUUCAGUUUUCCCAUCUGUGAAAUAUUGUAUAGCUCUAUUGUAAAGGAAACAGAUGUUUCGGAAAUGUAUUUGCUUGUACUUUGUUAUUAUCAAAUACUAUAUGAUUUUUUUUAUGAAAAAAAAUUCUUUUUACCCAGUAAAAAGAAAAAAAUAAACUCUUGCUGGCCAUGGAGUAAAAAUUUCCUAUGUUCUUCUGUAGAUGUGACUGCACAUAUUGUAAAUAACUCUUUUGUGCAAACAGACCAAAACUGUUCAAAUGAAUAUACUAGCUGUGGUGGACUCCUUUCUGCAGUGUAAGAACAAAAACCAGAUGCAAUUUGUUGCUUGUGUUUUUGCAGUUCUUCCUAGGGCUACAGCACUUAGAAUUCUCAACAUAGCUGCAUUACCUGGAUGCUUUCAUGGGUUUUGAGCUCCCUCUUGUGAAUUAUUCUUUUUUUACUGUGGCAUUAUUUUUAGGAACCUGUAUGUAGAUCAGCCUGCAUGCUUCAGCUUGUGUGGUGUAACACUCUAGUCCACAAAGUUGUUCUGGAAAUCUGUGGGAGAGGGAGCAUUCAGAGGUAUUCAGGGUGAGAAGGUGGGGCUGUUUCUCAGUUCACUGCAUUUAACUCUGAUAGUUUUGGUGGCUACCGUGGUUGAAGCAGCAGCUGUGUUGGGGAAGAAUAAAGGACAUGGAAAGGAAAAAAAAAAAACAAAGAAAAAGAAGAAAGAUUACUGUGUGCCCAGGGUUUGAUUUGAAAGCCUGAUAGACCUACCUGGAACACUCCUCACUCUCCCAACUCAAAAUGAAGUCAAGUGAUGGGUUAACUCAUACCAAUAGGCUUUGAGCCAGCAGAGGUGUUGGCUUCCUGCACCUCUGUAAUUUCACAUUAAAUCAGGUGUUGCCUACCACUCGCAGCUGGCAUAAAAUCAGUCUGAAGGCACACAGCCAGUAUUAACCUUGUUAUCUGUGCUGUGACUAAUUAGACAACUAGUCACAGCUUUGCAAACUAGUUUUUAUAGUGGCCUGUAUAACUUGGAUUUAAGUUUCAGGUGUGAGGAUCCAACACAGCUGCAUCAAUUUAAUCUUGAGAACUGGGCCUUAGAACUGUUACUAUAAAGGAAAAGUAAAUAGCCCAAACCUGUAGUUAAAAUGCCCAAUUUUAAAAAGGCCCUUCUAUGUCUUCAUUCCACAGGUAGGAAUUGCAGAGCUUUACUGCAGACUGGCAAGCAGUUUGAAGAUGUGGAAGUUAGGAGAAAACUAGAAGUGAACCCUGUAUUAGGGAAGGGCAAUACUAUACAGCCUCUCCCAGAGCCAGCACUGGUGAUAUUGUGUGAGUUUUUACAUCCUUCAAUAGUGCAAUUAGGUUAUGUGGUAUAAAAUCUAUAAAUUUUGUAAAUUCCAUUUAUCACAAUCACAUCUGGGGUUAAAUACUCUGCAUACUUUUUUUAGUACCUAAGAGGUGUAAAAUAGAAGAAAGGAAAGAGCUGUGUCACUUUAGCCUCUUUGAUGUGGGAUUUUAUGGCAACAAAUUUCGAUGUUUCUCUAACACAGCUUUUUGAUUCCAACAUCAUCUUGAAUAGCAAUAAAUUUCUUUCGCACAGCAGUGGCAAUAGAAAGGGUAUUAUCAGAAAUAAGACCUGUGCUGCUGUAAAAUUACAAAGAAAGAUGUAAAUACUAAACAUUUUAGCAGAGUAAUAUUUAUUUGCCUAGCCUAUUUAUUGUCAUCUUAUACGCUGUUAAACACUGGGAUGAAGUCAGUGAGUUGAGGUAAGAACACCUGCCUGUUCUCUCUUGAGUGCCAUAACAGUGUCAGCUUGCAUUAAAAGUAAUAAAAUAGAAACCCCCAAAUCAAGGUAUUUACCUAACUUCUCAGGGACUACAGCUAGUAGUUAUCCACCAUCAUGAGACCUGGUAUGUAUGAGAUAAUCUGAUUUACCAGAAUCAAUGUUGCCAAUGUUUUCCUUUGCAUAUUUCAUGCUUGUUUGCCUCUGUACAUAUUUGUGUGUCGUGUAUUUAUGAGCGCUAGUAAGCAAUAAUUUAUAUGUCAAAAUGGCCAAGCAAUACAAGGUUAAAACUUGUAGAAGCAACUGUUAUGUUUAUCUUGCAUUUUCCAGUGUUUUUUAAUAUUGCUUUUCAAAAUAUAAAAACUACCUUAAUGAA